AUGGGUGCAUUGAGACGAGUGAAGACGAAGCGCCUCACAAGAGGCUACGAUCAAGUGCGCGAAGACCUUGAUUCCCCCAGACAUCUUGCGCAGUACAAAGCCACCAAAGAUGCAGAAGAUCUUCCAGGCCUAGGGAAGCACUAUUGUGUUGAGUGCGCGAAAUGGUUUGAGAGCGAGUACAAUAUGGUCUCCCACACCAAAGGCAAGAAUCACAAGCGAAGACUCCGCCUGUUGCGCGAAGACCCUCAUACGCAAAAGGCCGCCGAAGCUGCCGUGGGAUUGGGAACGGACAAUGGCAAGCGACCACAGGAAUCUGAAAUCGCCAUGGAGGAAUAA